CAGAUCACUCUUUUCGUGCCUUCUUCUUAUAUAAGAAGGGUAGUGGAACCAUUUUUGCUUUCUCUGUUUUUUUCGGCUGCCGAAUGAUUCCGUUGGUCGGGAUUGGUCGCUGCGACUCCUCCUGAGUUUUUGAUUCGGAUUUUGUUCUUAAUGGGCUCCUGGGUACAUAAAUUAAUCCAAUCGGUGGUGCCUCACUCAGCCUGGAGUUCCAGUUAAUGGAAUUUGAGUUGCUUUAUCCCAAGAGGAAGUCAGUGGAGGCAACCAGAUUUGAGAAUCCUUCUUGCUACGCUGCACAUCGAGGUUUACAAGUUGACAGUGGGUCUGAGCUUUAUGGAGCACUUGUGCUUCUUCAACAUGUGAGAACGUAUGUCGAUUUUUGUGAUAAUUUAACUUUGGGGUGUGCUUGUGCCAUCACGUUGUGGAUGCCUUGAAGAUCACAGCGGAUAAUUUGUUCUACAAUUUGUUAGAGGAGAUCCAAUUUUUUAUCGAAGUAUCCUAUUGGAAUUUAUUGUGAUUGGUGAUCAUUCCUAUUAUCCAGUUGAACAUGGUAUCUAGAUCAUAUUCAAACCUUUUGGAACUUGCUUCUGGGGAUUCUCCAUCAUUUGGCCGUGUGGGUAGAAGAAUUCCCAGAGUAAUGACAGUUGCUGGAAUUAUGUCUGACAUAGAUGAUGAUGCAUGCAAUAGCGUGAGUUCUGAUCCUCCUUCAUCCAUAGUCCAGGAACGUAUAAUCAUUGUUGCAAAUAUGCUGCCCAUACGAGCACGAAGAGCACUGGACAACAAAGGAUGGAAUUUUAGUUUGGAUAAAGAUUCCCUUCUUUUGCAGCUGAAAGAUGGCCUGGGGGAGGAUGCUGAGGUCAUUUAUGUUGGUUGUCUUAAGGAGGAUAUUCCUAUCAGUGAACAAGAUGAGGUCUCUCAGUACCUGCUGGAGACUUUUAAAUGUGUUGCUGCUUUCAUUUCACCUGAUCUUUUCAGCAGGUUCUAUCAUGGUUUCUGCAAGCAACAACUUUGGCCUCUGUUUCACUACAUGCUUCCUCUUUCACCUGAUCUUGGGGGUCGAUUUGAUCGCUCUUUGUGGCAGGCGUAUGUCUCUGUUAAUAAGAUAUUUGCAGAUAAAAUUCUGGAAGUCAUAAAUCCAGAGGAUGAUUUUGUCUGGGUGCAUGAUUAUCAUUUGAUGGUGUUGCCCACAUUUCUAAGGAAGAGAUUCAACCGUGUAAAACUUGGUUUCUUUCUCCACAGCCCUUUUCCAUCUUCAGAAAUUUAUAGAACUCUGCCUGUUCGGGAAGAGAUUCUCAGAGCCCUCCUAAAUUCUGAUUUGAUUGGAUUUCACACGUUUGAUUAUGCUAGGCAUUUCCUUUCUUGUUGUGGAAGAAUGCUUGGCCUUUCUUAUGAGUCAAAGCGGGGCUAUAUUGGACUUGAAUACUAUGGACGCACUGUGAGCAUCAAGAUUCUCCCAGUGGGCAUUCACAUGGGCCAGCUUCAAUCGGUGCUUAGUCUUCCAGAGACUGAAGCUAAAGUGUCUGAGCUUGUGGAACAGUUCCGCCACAGAACCAUGUUACUUGGUGUGGAUGACAUGGAUAUAUUUAAGGGCAUAAGCCUCAAGCUUCUGGCAAUGGAGCAGUUGCUUAUCCAGCAUCCAGAGUGCAGAGGCAAGGUGGUCUUGGUACAGAUUGCUAAUCCUGCUAGGGGCCGAGGGAAGGAUGUAAAGGAAGUGCAGACAGAGACUUUCACAACGGCAAAGAGAAUCAACGAGAACUUUGGAAGGCCUGGAUAUGAGCCUGUGGUGCUGAUUGAUAAACCUCUUCAGUUCUAUGAGAGACUUGCAUACUAUGUAGUUGCUGAAUGUUGUCUUGUAACAGCAGUCAGGGAUGGAAUGAAUCUCAUUCCUUACGAGUAUAUCAUCUGUAGGCAAAGUAAUGAAAGGCUGGAUAAGAUCUUAAGGUCAAGUCCAUCAACCCCCAAAAAGAGCAUGCUUGUUGUUUCUGAGUUCAUUGGAUGUUCUCCUUCGUUAAGUGGUGCCAUUCGAGUGAACCCCUGGAACAUAGAUGCAGUAGCUGAUGCAAUGGAUUCUGCUCUUGUUAUGGCUGAAGCAGAGAAGCAGUUGAGGCAUGAGAAACAUUAUAGAUAUGUAAGCACUCAUGAUGUUGGUUAUUGGGCUCACAGUUUCCUCCAAGAUUUGCAAAGAAAUUGUGGAGAACAUGCACGCCGCAGGUGUUGGGGUAUUGGUUUUGGGUUGGGUUUCAGGGUUGUUGCACUUGAUCCAAAUUUCCGGAAGCUUUCAGUAGAGCACAUAGUAUCUGCUUAUAAGCGAACGAAGAACAGAGCAAUUCUUCUUGAUUAUGAUGGCACCAUGAUGCCACAGGCAUCAAUUAAUAAGACUCCCAGCCCUAAUUCAAUAGAUAUCCUAAACAGCUUAUGUAGAGACCUGAGCAAUUUAGUAUUUCUUGUCAGUGCCAAGGACAGGACUACUCUUGGUGAAUGGUUUUCUCCCUGUGAAAAGCUUGGAAUUGCUGCAGAACAUGGAUAUUUUCUAAGGUUGAAACGUGAAUCAGAAUGGGAAACAUGCGUUCCUGUUACAGAUUUUGACUGGAAGCAGAUUGCAGAACCUGUGAUGAAGUUGUACACUGAGACAACUGAUGGUUCAACUAUAGAAACCAAAGAAAGUGCUGUGGUUUGGCACUAUGAGGAUGCUGAUCCAGAUUUUGGAUCAUGCCAAGCUAAGGAACUUCUGGAUCACCUUGAAGGUGUUCUUGCUAAUGAGCCAGUUUCUGUCAAGCGUGGGCAGAACCUAGUGGAGGUUAAGCCACAGGGUGUUAGCAAGGGGCUUGUGGCUGAUCGCCUUCUCUCAACAAUGCUACAAAGGGGCAUGGUGCCAGAUUUUGUUCUAUGUAUUGGGGAUGACAGAUCUGAUGAAGAUAUGUUUGAGGUGAUCUCUAAAGCCAUGGUUGGUUCGACGUUGUCUCCUUCAACAGAAGUGUUUGCAUGUACCGUUGGACGGAAGCCUAGUAAGGCCAAGUAUUACUUGGAUGAUACUACAGAGAUUGUGAGAAUGCUUCAGAGCCUUGCUUCAGUUUCAGACCAAGGGCCCAGAAUUUCCCCUUCAUAACACACCCUUAAUCACAAGCCAGCAGGAAGGGAUAACUCCCUCAUCUUUGAUGCUUGUCCAGGGAGUUUCGAUUUUGAAAGACGAUUGGCACAAGAAUCUUGUUAGGCUUUUACCUUCAUUGACAAGCAUUUGGUUUAGAUGAGCCAUCGUGGAUGAGCUUCAAUUGGCUUCAAAGGUUACUCUGCUGUUGCGCGGGGAAAAUUUUGGUUUGCAUGGUGCGCCUUGAUAUUUUACAGUUACAUUUUGGAUGCUGUAAACAGGAUCUCGAUGUCACUCACGGCACAUCUAUUGUGAUGUAAAUUAUGUACUUUUCCUAGGAAGGUUUUGGUGUCUUUGUACUUUACUGAUAGUCGGAUACAUAUUUUCUCCUUUUUGUAGCUUGAUCAGUUUCUCAAAAGUAUUAUAGAAAAGCUUGCAAGCAUAGUUGUUUCAGUGGAACUUCCCUUAUAUUGGAUGUUGACAUGGACUUUAUUACAGCUUUA